AUGUCUCAAUCGCAAACGCGUCUCUUCACUCCCAUUCGUGUGGGCGAUAUGGAACUAGAGCAUCGGAUUGGGAUGGCUCCGCUUACGCGCCUCCGGGCGACUGACGACAGAAUUCCAACGCCGUUGAUGAAAGAAUACUACGUCCAGCGUGCCGCUGUUCCUGGUACAUUAAUUAUUAGCGAAGGGACCUUCAUAUCAGAAAACUGCGGAGGCUUUCCAAACGGCCCGGGGCUCUGGAGUGAAAGUCAAGUUACUGCCUGGAAAAAUAUCACCACUGAAGUCCAUGCUAGAGGCUGCUUUAUGUUCUGCCAGCUCUUUGCAAUGGGUCGUGCGGCGACUACCGAGGUAGCCAAAGCAGAGGGCUAUUCAAUUGUAGCACCCAGCGCAAUUCCAAGCGACGACAGUGCUGCGAUACCCCGCGCAAUGACUGUUAAGGAGAUCAAACAGACUGUCAAAGACUAUGUUGACGCAUCGAAGAAUGCUAUAAGAGCAGGAUUCGAUGGAGUAGAAGUUCAUGGUGCGAACGGCUAUCUCCUUGACCAGUUCAUCCAAGACGUCAGCAACAAUCGCUGCGACGAAUAUGGGGGAAGCAUUGAGAACAGAUCUCGCCUCGUUGACGAAAUAGUCAAAGCUGUCGCCAAUGCUAUUGGCCCAGAACGGGUCGGACUCCGUCUGAGUCCAUGGAGCACGUUCCAAGGUAUGAGAAUGGAGGAUCCAAUUCCUCAAUUCACGGAUGUCAUUGAAAAGGCUAAGGAGGCGGAUAUCGUAUAUUUGCACCUUGUGGAAUCGCGAAUUUCAGGCUCCAGUGAUUCGGAUAGCCAUGAUUCACUGGAAUUUGCAUACAAUUUAUGGAACGGGCCUUUACUUGUCGCUGGUGGCUAUACACCGCUAGAGGCCCGAAAGCUUGCGGAAGAAAAGUAUCCAAAUAAAGAUAUCAUUGUGAUAUUUGGUAGACAGUUUCUCGCCAAUCCAGAUCUUGUCUACAGGAUCAAAGAAGGUCUGGAGCUGAAUCCAUACAACCGGGAAACAUUUUAUGUCGCGAAGUCGGCUACGGGUUACCUGGAUUAUCCCUUUAGCAGCGAAUAUCUAAAACACAAGCUAAGCAGUGCUUGA